AGUGAUUACAUUCUGAAUACUUUAUUUAGCUUUUAAAACAAGUUUGUCAGUCAGGCGCUGGAGUAUGUUGCAAUAGCAGACCAGGGAACCAGUAAAGUAGAUGUUAUGUGAUCUUGUUUAGUCGAAUAAACACGGGCGGGAAAUGACAGCCAACGAGCAGAAACAAGCCCGGACCUCAGUCAGCGCAACAGCAGAGAGACAAACACUUACUUUCCGACUGAACACGAGUGACUUCAUUUACCAGCUUGUACYAUUUGGACCCGAGUUCGUGUGAAGUUUCUUGGACUUAUUGAAACCACUUGUGGAGCUAGAAUGGCAUCGAGAGGRAGCUUCGCGGCUCCUCAGAUGAAUCCGAACCUGAACCCUAUGAGUGUUGGCCAUGUUGCGGGCAUGAGGAUGCCCGGGAUGCCGCAACCCCCAGCGGGUUACCACCGGAGCAUGAACACCGCUCCCCAGUACCCCCAGCGUCCYGGGAUGCCGCCCAGCAGAGUCGGAGGCCCCAUGGGGUCACUGGGGGGUCAGCUGCCUGGUCCCUCCUACGGCGGUGGCAACAUUCCUAUGCGGCCAGGCAUGGGACCUCCAAGCAUGGACCCCUCAAGGAAGCGUUUUCUCCAUCAGCAGCAGCAGCAGGAGGCGCUGGGAGGCCUGAGGCGAGGAGCAAAACGACGCAAGAUGGCUGACAAGGUUCUGCCACAGAGAAUCAGAGACCUGGUUCCAGAAUCCCAGGCCUACAUGGACCUUCUGGUUUUUGAGAGGAAACUGGAUCAGACCAUUGCUCGRAAGCGCAUGGAGAUACAGGAAGCCAUCAAGAAGCCCAUUAUGCAAAAGCGCAAACUCAGGAUCUACAUUUCCAACACUUUCACUCCCAGCAAGCCCGAGGGUGAGGAGGCAGAGAGAGUUGCCUCCUGGGAGCUGAGAGUUGAAGGCAAGCUCCUGGAAGAGGCCGGCAAGCAGAAGAGGAAGUUCUCGUCUUUCUUCAAAAGUCUUGUGAUCGAGCUCGAUAAGGAGCUUUACGGACCAGACAAUCACUUAGUGGAGUGGCACAGGAUGCCCACCACUCAGGAGACGGACGGUUUCCAGGUGAAAAGGCCAGGCGACGUGAACGUCAAGUGCACCCUUCUGCUCAUGCUCGACCACCAGCCUCCUCAGUACAAACUGGACCCACGUUUGUCCCGUCUCCUGGGCGUGCACACACAGACUCGGGCCAGCAUCAUGCAGGCUCUGUGGCUCUACAUCAAGAACAACAAGCUGCAGGACAGCCACGAGAAGGAGUACAUCAACUGCAACCGCUAUUUCAGACAGAUCUUCAGCUGCACACGCAUGAGGUUCUCUGAGAUUCCCAUGAAACUGGCAGGCCUCCUGCAGCACCCGGACCCCAUUAUCAUCAAUCACAUCAUCAGCGUGGACCCCACAGACCAGAAGAAGACGGCGUGUUACGACAUCGACGUGGAGGUGGACGACCCUCUGAAGGCUCAGAUGAACAGCUUCCUGUCCUCCACCACCAACCAACAGGAAAUCGCUGCUCUUGAGAUGAAGAUUCAUGAAACGAUCGAGUACAUUAACCAGCUGAAGACRGAGAGAGACUUCAUGCUGAGCUUCAGCAACAAUCCACAAGAGUUCAUCAAAGACUGGCUCAAGUCUCAGUGCAGAGAUCUGAAGCUGAUGACAGACGUGACCGGAAACCCAGAAGAGGAGAGGAGGACCGAGUUCUACCAGGAACCCUGGGUCCCUGAGGCGGUGGGCAGAUACGUCUACUCCAAAGUGCAGCAGAGAAGACAGGAGCUGGAGCAGGUGUUGGGGAUCCGACUCACCUAAAAAGGCACGUUGGGCCUAGUUAACAGAUCCARCUUUAACGUCUGGUUGUCUGAAACUGGAAGGAUCAGAGCCAUUGUUUGAGUCACGAAGCCAUCCUCGCUGAGAAAUGAGACCAAAAAUAGGACCAAAGUGAUUCGUAUAACAUUUUAGAACAUGUUUGCUUUGCAUUGUUUUUGAUUUUGAGCUUGUUCAAAUAAUCUUUGCUAAUAUCUAUYUUUUUUCUUACUUUUAAAGGUACAAAAUGUUGAAAACUGUUUAAACACUGGUAACAUUGAGGUGAUCAUACCAUCCUGCUCUCGAGUGCUUAUUUUAUUGUUGUAUGUUAAUGUUUAAAAACUAAGACGGCGCCUGAUGUCUGAUAACAAAAUAUUUUUUAGCUUUUCAAGCCUUUUUGUUCAAUAAAUGUAAUUGUAUKACAUGCUGAUUGAGACAUCCUUGAAAUGUACAUUUCACUUUAAAUUAAAUGUUUUAAAAAGUGACUUCAGCAAAAACCUUUAAAACCGUYUUAAUUACAGAUAAUUAUAUUCUUACAUCAAAACAGGAAAUUGUUUGUGCAUGUAAUAUUUGUGAUGGUAAAAUGUUUUCUGUUUAGUGGAAUAAAAAUAAUUUACUAAGGGAACGAGUGGGACAUGAACUCAGACCUCAGAAAAGGUUGAACUCUUUCUGUCGACAGCUGUUUUCUUYAGAAAGUGCUGUUUCAGGUUUAAAGGUUUACAUGCUUUUAGUUUGUUUUAUGCUUUAAAACAAAUACUUUGUGGAAGUUUAUUAUUGAUUUAAAAUCGAAAUUCAACUGUGGUGUCAGGUCUAAAAGACCAAACUAAAAUGAUUUUUGCUUUUUGUUUUUGUAAAGAUUUUGAAUGGGUUUGAUUUAUUUUUUUUUUACAUUCCGUGUUCUUGUGCCAAAAUGCACUUUGUGCUAUUGAUUAAUUGAAUAAUCAAGCAUAAAUGUUUUGGUACAGYUUCUUAUUAAUGUUUGCAUGUUGUUUAUCAUUCAAAAACCUUUAUCUUUUAUACAUUUGAGGUAUUUUUUACAAUAAAUAUACUUACAAAUA